ACCGGGACAGGAGAGCGAACGGACGGCUCUUCUGUGGGAAGUAAACGCGCAUCCAGGGCUUUAUUUCCCAUUUUCUUCCUCCCGUUUCCUCCUUUUCUCUCUCGGCGUUCUCUCCUGCUGAGAUGAGGAGAUAAUCAACAGAGGAUCAGCCGCUCACGAAGUUUUGAAGUUGUUGGAAAGAGUUCGGACAGGAGAAGGGGAAGAUGCUGGGGUUAGAGGUCAUCGUGCUCUGUCUUCUCUUUGGAGCCCUGACUCACGGCCAGCCAACAGAGUGCACCAAGAAGAAUGAAUGUCCCAUAGAUGUGUACUUCACUAUUGACACAUCUGAGACCAUCGCCCUGCAGGAGCCACCCCCUGGUUCGCUGGUGGAGAGCAUCAAGGACUUUGCAAAGCAGUUUGUGGACCGUUUAGAGGAUGCUGAAAUCAGAGGUGCUGUGCAGAUCAGGUGGAACAUCGGAGGACUGCACUUCUCCCAGGAGCAGAGGGUGUUCAGUCGUAUCGGAUCAAAGGCCGAUUUCAAAACAGGUGUCAGUGGAAUCGUCUACCUGGGUAAAGGCACCUACAUCGACUGCGCCCUCACCAACAUGACCCAGGAAAUGCUGCGCUCCCCCUCUUACCCCAGGGCCCUCCGAUUCGCCGUGGUCAUCACUGACGGCCACGUGACUGGAAACCCUUGCGGGGGCAUCAAAGUGGCAGCGGAGAGGGCUCGCGAUGAGGGCAUCCGGAUGUUUGUCGUGGCGGCAUCGAAGAAGGUUGAAGAGACAGGGCUGAGGGAGAUCGCCAACUCUCCGGCGACAGUCUACAGGCGGGACUUCAUGGCUGUGGAUCUGAGCCAGGGCAGAGCCAUCAUACACACGGACACCAUUGACCGCAUCAUCAAGACGAUGAAACAUUUGGCGUAUGUAGAGUGUUACAGUGUGUCCUGUCUGGAGACACCAGGGCCUCCCGGUCCCAAGGGCCACAGAGGACAGAAAGGAGCUAAAGGAGACAACGGCGAACCAGGUCUCAAAGGAGGAAGAGGACGCCCAGGAGACCCUGGUAUUGAGGGUCCAAUUGGUCAGCCCGGUAUCAAAGGAGAACCAGGUCUUAAAGGCGAGAAGGGAGAAAUGGGAGCUCAGGGGAAAAAGGGCGUGGCUGGCAUACCAGGACGCAAUGGGACAGAUGGACAGAAGGGUAAAAUUGGACGGAUCGGCGCUCCCGGCUGUAAAGGAGACCCAGGCGACAGAGGUCCUGAUGGUCAUCCCGGAGACGUCGGUGAACGUGGUCCCCCUGGAACUGACGGAGAGAAGGGUGAUCCCGGUCGGCCCGGAAGACCUGGUCCCUCCGGCCCGGCUGGAGAGUCUGGACCAAAGGGAGAGAGGGGAAGUCCUGGAUCACCUGGCCUCCCUGGACAGAAAGGAAAACAAGGAACCAGCGGUGCUGGAGGAAGCAAAGGCGAGCCAGGGAGAAGAGGAGACUAUGGGCCAAAGGGCAAUCAAGGGCCUGAUGGAGUUAAGGGAGACAAGGGUGAAAUGGGGCCAGAGGGUGUGAGAGGACUUCCAGGUGAAGAAGGAGUCAAAGGAACAAAGGGAGACAACGGCCUGCCAGGCCCCAGGGGACCACCGGGCAUAUCAGGAGAGGCUGGGAGAAAUGGUACCAGAGGUGACCCUGGUGAUGCUGGACCAAGAGGAGACCCUGGACAGGUUGGACCAAAGGGAGACACUGGAAGACCUGGCUUUAGCUAUCCUGGGCCAAGAGGAGCAUCGGGUGACAGAGGAGAGAAAGGCAAUCGUGGACCUCGUGGUAGCAGAGGAGACUGCGGUCAAAAGGGUGAGCCGGGAACUAAAGGAACCCCGGGAGAGCCAGGUGAGCCAGGACCGCAGGGUGAACCUGGCCUAAGAGGACCGAGAGGAGAGCUUGGGCGUGACGGAGAUCCUGGACCUGAGGGAGAUCCCGGCCUCACUGAAUGUGAUGUCAUGAACUACAUCAGGGAAACGUGUGGCUGCUGUGAUUGUGAGAAACGCUGUGGACCCCUGGACAUUGUGUUUGUGAUUGACAGCUCAGAGUCAGUGGGUCUGACUAACUUCACCCUGGAGAAGAAUUUUGUCAUCAACACCAUCAACAGACUGGGAUCCCUUGCCAAGGACCCCCAGUCAGAUACAGGCACAAGAGUGGGAGUUGUUCAGUACAGUCACAGUGGAACCUUCCAGGCCAUCCGACUUGACGACCCCAAGAUUGAUUCACUGUCUGCUUUCAAGGAUGCAGUGAAGCGACUGGAGUGGAUCGCUGGAGGAACAUGGACUCCCUCUGCUCUGAAGUACGCCUACGACAACCUGAUCAGGGACAGCCGCAGAGCCAAAGCCAACGUCACUGUAGUUGUCAUCACUGACGGACGCUUCGACCCCAGAGAUGACGACUCGCUGCUCACCUACCUGUGCAGUGAUCCCAGUGUUGAUGUGAGCGCCAUUGGUAUCGGAGACAUGUUUGACCAGAUUGAGGAGAAUGAGAGUCUGAAGAGCAUCGCCUGCCAGAAGGAUGGCAGGGUGCUGGGCAUGAGGCGCUUCGCAGAUUUGGUGGCUGAGGAGUUCAUCGACAAGAUUGAAACCGUCCUCUGUCCAGAUCCUAUCAUCAUAUGCCCCGAUCUUCCUUGUAAAUCAGAGCCCGCUGUGGCUAGCUGUGUUCAGCGGCCGGUGGAUGUGGUGUUCCUGCUCGAUGGUUCUGAGAGGAUGGGACUGGAGAACCACCGCAGGGCCAAAGAGUUCAUUGAGAACGUGGCUCGCCGCCUCACCCUGGCCAAUGACGAGACAGACGAGAGGAAUGCCCGUCUGGCUCUGCUGCAGUACGGCAGCCCUACAGAACAGAGGGUGGAGUUCCAGCUCACACACGACCUCACGGUCAUCUCUGAUUCACUGGCAGGAGUGACCUACAUGGACUCUUCCUCCGCUCUGGGCAGCGCUAUCAUCCAUGCUGUCAACAAUGUGGUGAUUCCAAAGCAGGGGAAACGCUUGGCUCGUCGUAACGCUGAGCUGGCCUUCGUGUUCAUCACUGACGGCAUCACAGCCAGCGAGCAGCUGGACGAGGGCGUGACUGCCAUGAGGCGAGCAGAAGGCGUUCCCACGGUGAUCGCCAUAGGAACAGACACAGAUGAAGAAGUGCUGCGGAAGGUGUCGCUAGGGGACAUGUCGGCCAUCUUCAGAGGAGAUGAUUACACCAUGCUGAACAAACCCGCAUUCUUUGAGCGCUUUGUCCGCUGGAUAUGCUAGUGAGGAACUGUAACGCUCUACACCAUAGAAUUAGAAUCCAGAGAAUGAAAGGAGGGCCAGCUCCCUUCAGCGUACACGUAAACACACACAGAUGCAUCAGCAAGCCUCUGUGACCAUUAUCAUUACUGGAUAUAAGGCACUGAGACCGCUAUGUAUCCAGUUGUUAUGUGUGAGGAUUCAUUUACAACAGCCAAAACAAUCCACAUAGGACCAGUUGGCACAUGCACACACACACACACACACACACACACUGACACACACACAAACACAUAAUGCAUAUCAUUUGUAACUUGUUCUAUUCAUUCUAAAUCUAUGGUCAGUCAACACUUCCACCCAAAGACACUCGUAAGUAUCCCAGAUGAGAGGUGUAUGAUUAUUGAAUGUGUACGAAACAAAUUGUAGGCUUUAUUGUGUUUUAUUGUGUACUGUUUCGUUUUAUCUGAGUUCUUGCUUCCCCCCUCUCUCAGUCUGUUUUCACAAAGUCAGUAUUUACAUUAAAGGUGCUAAGAUAGACAUAAAGCCAUCUGAGUGGUUCUGAAAACUUUUUUACAUCAUGUUAUGCUGUAAUUAAUUGUAGUUUGUUCAGGGGAUACAAACAUGUAGACAUAUCUUCUCCAGGGAAAAAGAAAUCACAAAAGAAUCACACACAUACACACACACACACACAUACACACACACACACACACACACACACACACACACACACAUACUGAAGUUAAUUACACAUACAUUGACAGACAA